CAAAUAUUUUGCUUUUCAGGUUAUGUCAAGUCAAAACUUUCAUCUUUUCAUAGACCCUAAAAAAAGCAAUAUUUUAAUUUUAGAAUCCAUAAAUCUACUCUAAUAGCCCCAAUUUGAAUAUGGAAGAAUGUAAAGAAUCUUCGCAGAAGAAAUGGACCCACCUGCGGAAGGUUUUGGAGCGCCCCGGCCCUUUCAGUCACCCAGAAUUCGAACCGUCCCCAGAUAUUUUGGAUUUUAUACUGUCGACUUGCAAAAUCCUGAUUGUAGGGGCCGGAGGCCUAGGGUGCGAACUACUCAAGGAUUUGGCCAUGAUGGGCUUCAAGCACAUACACAUUAUAGAUAUGGAUACCAUUGACUUAUCAAAUUUAAAUAGGCAGUUUUUGUUUAGGUUGAAGGAUGUUGGAUUUUCGAAAGCAGAGGUUGCAGCUGACUUUGUUAAUAAAAGAAUUCAGGGGUGUCAAGUAGUACCGCACUGUUGCAUGAUUCAAGAAAAAAACCCACAAUUUUAUAGACAAUUUCAUGUGAUUGCUUGUGGAUUGGAUUCCAUAUCUGCAAGACGAUGGAUCAAUGGAAUGUUGGUAUCUCUUCUAGAAUACGAUGAGAACGAUGUUUUAGAUCAGUCUAGUAUUAUACCACUUGUUGAUGGAGGAACUGAAGGUUUCAAAGGAAACGCCAGAGUUAUAUUACCAGGCAUGACAGCUUGUGUGGAAUGUACUUUAGAUUUAUACCCUCCUCAAGUGACUUACCCUUUGUGUACUAUAGCCAACACACCCAGAUUACCAGAACAUUGUGUGGAAUAUGUUAAAAUGGUUCAAUGGUCCAAAGAAAAUCCAUUUGGAGUGCCUCUAGAUGGAGAUGAUGCCCAGCAUUUAACCUGGGUCCAUGAAAAAGCCAGCGAACGAGCCAACCAAUUCAAUAUACAAGGUGUUACUUUUAGGCUAGUGCAAGGGGUGGUAAAAAAUAUUAUUCCCGCAGUCGCGUCCACUAAUGCCGUAAUUGCUGGAGUUUGUGCCACUGAGGUUUUCAAAUUAGCUACUAGCUGUUGUACACCUUUGAACAAUUUUAUGGUAUUUAAUGAUAUUGAUGGUAUUUAUACUUACACGUACGAAGCUGAGAAAAAGGAAAAUUGUACUGUUUGUUCCAAUAUACCACAUCCAGUUACCAUAGAAGAUCCUUCAAAAAUGAAAUUAAAAGAUUUGAUUCAGUUUCUAUGCGAAAACCCUAAGUUCCAAAUGAAAAAUCCUGGCCUCACAACCAACAUAGAUGGAAAAAGUAAGACCUUAUACAUUCCUACCAUUGAUGUUAUCGAGGCUAGAACGAGACCGAAUUUAAGUAAAACUCUUCUCGAAUUGGGACUGUCUGAUGGUCAACAAAUAAUUGUCGCAGACACAACCACUCCAACCUCUGUGAUUCUCAAACUCGUCUAUAGCAUAAGUGAUAUUGAAAUGAAAACCUAAUUUAUUUUAAUAUAUUUUUUCCCAAUAUGUAUUAUACUUUUUGAAUUAAUGAAUAAAUACGUCUGCAACUC